AUGAUGUUACGAUUCGGAGUCCAUCUUAGAGAAGGAAGUCAUCACCCCUCGUGUCUUGAUGGAAGAGGCCACCAAGACCAAUCACAUGAUGAUAGCAGCCACCAUCAACUUGAUGGAAAAAAUCAGUCGCAUGGUAAUGACAGCAACCAUCAUGAGCGUGAUGGUGGGAACCAGUCACGUCAUGACAAAGAAGGGGAGCGUGUCGCGGCGUUGGAACAACAUGUUCAGAACCUUUGUCAAGGUAUGAACCAGUUGGUCCAGCAAAAUGCGGCAAUCAUGCGACAUUUAGUUAUCCCUGCAACACCUGUCGUGAAAGGUAACGAUGAUAAUGACAGAGUAGGGCACAACCAAGCGGGAGGUCGACGAAGAAACUUACGUGCUUCUAUGCCUUGUUAUCCACGAAGGGAUAUAUCCGGUGCACGAACGCCUCGUCCUUGGCAACGGGAUGUAUCUGAUGCCAUGCCUCAUCGGCGAUGGGAUGUGUCUGAUGCCGGAGAACGUAUCGAAGCCACCCACAUUGAUCAGCAGAUCCAGGAUCUUAAAUUGAAAGUAGAAGCGAUGGCCCAAGCCUUGAAAGGAAAAGGUCCUGCCACAGUUGAUGACUUUGUUCAAAAGAUAGAUCUACCUUUUAAUCCUCGAGUGAUGGCUCUUCCAUUGCCAAGAAAGUUCAAGAUGCCCCAUCUUGAGAGUUUCGACAGAACCCAUGACCCCCUCGACCACUUAGAAACUUUCAAUUCACUGAUAAACAUGCAAGUUGUCCCAAAUGAGAUCAUAUGCAGGAUGUUCCCUACCACCCUCAAAAGAUCAGCCCGUGUCUGGUUUAAUAAAUUGAAGCUAAGAUCUAUUAGCAAUUUUGAUGAACUCAGUAAGCAGUUCAUAGGGCAUUUUAUUGCAAAGAGACGACACCGAAAAUUGACUACCUAUUUGUUGAAUGUUAGGCAAAACAAAGGGGAGACGUUGAGUGAUUAUAUUGGCCGGUUUAAUACGGAGAUGUUGCAAGUCGAUGAGGUGGAUGAUAAGGUUACUUUUACAGCCUUCAUAUGA